AUGCAUCCAUCUCUGGAACCUGGGUUAGAGCGAGGGGUCCCCUGGGGUCGUGACCUCUACACCUUUGUAACUUCAGCGGCAGGUCACAUGAUGAGGACUCUUCAGAAACCCAGAAAGAACAGACCAUCCAAACGGCAGGUCAACCACCGCCGGUUCCUGCACAACAUGAUUCAGAGGUAGGUGUAUGUAAAUGCUUAAAGCUCCUGUGGGGAGGUUUUUUACAUUAAUGAAAUAGACUCAAAGUCAUAUUUAUGCCUUUUAAUGAUAUUUGAAAUCAAACAAGACGGAUGAUUUUGUAUCAUCAUGUGUAUAACACAUUUGACUGUCAAAAGUCACGACUCCUACAUGUAGAGGACAAGAUAAGCAGAGACUGCUUUGUCUCUGCUUAUCGCCAAAAUGGACUCAAACCAAAAGUUCCUCACAGGAGCUUUAAAGUAGCAUUAGAGACAUUCCCAGUCCUGGUUUCACCAUUAGCAUAAAUCUUUAACACUAUUUUCAUUUCUUCAAAUUGUCAAUAUUUUGAACAGGGCCAGGUUUGAGCCCUUGAGAGCUCAAGAAGUCUUAAAAGUCUUCCUUUCCUGGCUGGCUUUUUACAUGCCAGGUCAUGAAGUUGUUUCAUUUCACAGGAAAGUUUUCAGAAAUUUACUUUGCAGUGAUUUAAGAAAGAAAGUAGUUGCCAUAAUUUAAUCUUAUCAAUUAGCACAAAGACCAAAACAGCCUAAAGCCAGACUUUGUGUUUGUAGCAGAGUCAAGAGAACUCGCUCUCCCUGGUACAGUCUCUGAGCCAAGCAAAGCUGAGCCGCUGCCUGUUGUAGCUUCACAGACUCCAAAGAAAUAAUUUUCUUUUGAUCCAUUUCUGCACAAGUUAGCUGGCUAUCUUUUUGUGUAAGAUUUUUUGAGGUAUUAAAAAUGUAAUUCCUUUUUUCAACCAAAACUACUGAUCGUACAUUUGUCCCUUUUCUCCUUGUUUGUCUCUCUCAUCAGAAAGCUUGCAGACAUAGAAGCAGCAAAUCACAAACUGGCCCCUGCACUAGAUAAUAAUGAAAAGGAGAAAAACAUGUUGGCUCUGCCAUCAAGGAAGCCAGAUAUUCUUGAUAAGUCAGAUGUUCCUUCUGUAGAUGUUGAUCUUCAAGAUCAAGAUCACUACAGCCAUCAUGCAGAAGUAGAUGACAUGGCUAAGUCCAGGACUGGAUCACAGGAAACUGAAAUCAGAGAGAAGCAGCAGAAGGAGACGGGACAUCUUUGGAAACGGCACCCCAAAUCACAAAACACAACCUGCAGUGCCAGACAGAGCAACCAGAGCAAAGGGAGGCAGAGAACGGAGACUCUGGAUCACAAACUGGAGGAUGUCACAUCUGUAAGCUUUCAAAAUGGUGAAGAUGGACACCACAGGUCAAAACCAAAUCAGCCAGUAUCAGCCCACUUCUUUGAGGAAGACUCGCCAACACUUCCACAGGACACCAGUUUCUUCACGUUUGGCCAAAAUGUAGACGUCUCUUCUUCUGUUUCUCCAGAACUCUCUCCAUCGUCUCUUGACUCUUGUGACUUCUCGAUGCAAAUAUUCAAAGACAUACUGACCCAGAAAAACAUGGCAGACAUUUCUGAGGGUCAGUGGACAGAUUUCAUGGAUCUCUUCAGUGCUGGCAGUAGGGAUUUAGAAGUCUGCAUGGAUGUGGAGGCUUACCUCGAAAGCAUCUGUGUUUAUCAAGGUGACGGCGGACAGGGAGGCCGUGAUGAAGGUGUGGCAUUUUCAGACCAGUCAGAUGGUUGUAGAAGAGUCUGCAGUGACAGAUCUGGAGUGAAGGAUUUGCAGACUGAGACAGGUGAUUAUAGGUAUGAGUAUGGAUACUUUUGCAGUGAGGAUCAGGGAUUGGCUAUCAGACAAAACAAAGAUAUUCCAGAGACACAAUUUAACGAUUUUCAGCCCUCCCAAGAUACUUACAUCAUCCACAACCAGCUCCCUACUUCUACCAACUACAACUACAUCCCCUCAGAGCUGCAGAUGUGCCAGCACUCCAACCAAGACACUUCCUGUGCGCCGAUAAAUUGUGAAAACUUCACACCGUUUGAAGGGGUUGCCCAAUCAUUUUCUGUCCCACCUCACAACCCUGAGGACCGUCCAAUACCAACACCACCACAUGAAGACGACUGGCUGUUCACUGAUAUCUUGAAGUCACCGGAGUGCCAAGAAAAUAUGCCUCCUCUUAAAAGUGAUGCAUGGAUUAUGUCUGCUGUGGACGGUGAGGGUGAAGGUGAUCGGAGUGUGACACAUCUUGUCCACCUCAUUUCAAGAGAGCAAGAAUGA